AUGUAUCCCGAACUCUUCCAGCAGAUGGUCUGCGCCGUCCUCGAGUCCGAGUCCUACCUUUUCUCCAACGCAGAGCUCGACAUCCUCUCCGCCUUCUUCAUGCUCUCCUACCCAGCACGCUACCUUUUCGUGCGUCUGCUGCAACGCAAAAAGGACACUUGGUAUCGUCUCGAUCGGCUAGAGGCCUACCGCUCUGAAGUACAAGAUCUCAAGGCAGCAACAGACGAGCUCGCAACUCUCAUUUCCUCACCGCCCAGUCAAGGUCCCAAAGUAGAGACUGCCAGGGUCGAAGAGCAGGACCGACGCAAUCUUGCCCUCGACACGGACAAGGAGAAUUCCAUUCUCACGCUCCCUGGUCUUCAACGUCAGCUCAAGCUCGACGAAGAGACUGGCCUGCCACGCACCCCGACCUACCGGCACAAGCAGCCGCUUGCCGAGUCUUCCAUACCCGCCAACGGUGCCACGUUGGUGAGCAAGAUCCAGCCUGAAACGCAGCACACCGAGCCACGGCUAGACCGUUUCGUCAUGACCCAACGCGAUAUGCAAGGCGGUAUAGCCGAAUCCCUCUCCCUGCUCACUAUCGAAGAGCUCAAAGUCAUUGCCAAGAAUUUGGGCAUCGCAAAGAUCGGCACUACACGUGCGCAGAUCGUAGCUGCCCUUUCUGCCACACGAUCGCAGUCCAUGCUCUUCAAGAGCCCAACCAAGAAGACCCAACCUCAUGACGGCUCUACAGCCGGCAGCUCCAGUCAGCUCACACUGAACUUUGCCAGUCCCAAGAAGGCGCAGGCGCAGGCAUCACGGCUAAAGGACGAACUUUCUCAAGCCCUAGGAGGUGGCUGUGUACAGGUGCUUCCCGCUGUCCGCUCGCUUGUAGAUCGUGUCGCCCUCGUCUACUAUCGCGGCAACCUCCUCGGCAGCGCCGCACUCACCACCGCCAUCCUUUCGCGGUCACGCAUCCGCAACUAUCCUAAAUACGACUACCGACGCACUAGCUUCCUCUUUCCCUCUCGAGAUCACCUCAUCGCCUUCGAACGUGCUCUAGCCAUCGAAGCCGAGAUGGAGUAUCUCAUACAAUUUGGCAAAAGCGAGGCCGACUUUCAGGCCGCACUCGCGCUCUUCAACUCGGUUUGGGACGAAUGGAAGUCGUGCGUCGAGGAGUGCGUCACAGCACAUCCCGAAGGCAUCGACAAGAUGGUCUACCAUCGCAUGCGGUUCCAUCCGGGCUGGGUGCUCACCCGUAUCGUCUACAAAGGCGCCACGGUGCUCGCUAGAUUCAAGCUAAGAGAUCGAGAAAAGGAGGUGCUGCAAGCUUUGCUCGAUCAGAAGGUCUUUCGACGCGGACGUCGUGGCGACUGGUACGAUCGGCUGGCGCUUAUCACUGCUCUGUAUUCGGAUGACCAGCGCAAGGGCAAGCGUCAAGCGCUGGAGAUCAGCGUGCGAGGCAUGCAGGAUCCCGACACGCAUCUCAUCUACCACGAUACGCUACAGCGUCGAAUCGCGAGGCUCGAGUCGCAGCUGCGCAUCCCUAAAUCGGAGCAGCACGACUUCUCGUAUACAAAGCUCAAGAAGACCUCCGAGGUCGAGUUCAAGGGUAUCCGAUUGGAUUCCAUGGCUGAGACGGACGUGAGGACGAACGAGCCCAUGACGGCUCUGUCGAAAUUCUUGCAGACGGGCAACUCGCCGCCCACGUCGCCUGACGAGCCUCGGUCUGCGGGCAACACGCCGCCGAGACCCGGUUCGCGCAGUAGGAGCAGCAGCAGUAGCAGUCCGUCGAAAGGCUCACCUGUCAAACGCAGUUCUUCUGGCUUCGAGAUCCGCAAACCGCUCUUCAAACGCGUCAAGAUCGAGUCGUUCGCGGAUAGCGCCAGCGCAGUGAAAGACGAGGAUUCGACUUUCAAGUCGUCUGUGAAAGGCGAGACCACGCCGGUGGCUGAAGACACAUCCACUGAGUCGAUCACGGUGAAAAAGGAGGAUCUGGACGACAUCUCCUGGGAUGAAUUGUCUGCACCUGCACCCGAUCCCACUGCUUUGUCCAUAAUGUCGGGAGGCGAAGCCCCCUCGUCCGUCUCGACGUCUACGCGUCGGUCGAUGCGCAGCGUCUGGCGGGGGCUCGACAACCGACCGUGUCACGUCGAGCAGCUCUGCCUCCAGCACUACGCCCUCCAAGGCUUCAAAGGCUACCACUGCGAGGGCAAGCUGCUGACCAUGAUCUUCGUGCUGGUCAUGUGGGACGUGAUCUUCGCCCAAGGUAUCGCGGGAUCCUUCGAAACGCCCUACCAGUCUGCUCCGCUCGAUCUGGCGUCCGAUUCGUUCGCCAUCGUGCGCAGCCGGCAGAUCCGCGAGCGGUUGGACCACAUCGAACGGACGGGCGGGUUGGAUCUGAUCGCCGAGGUGGAUGCGCGCGAACGCGCGAACAGGACGUGGGCGGUGGGGUGUCGCUGGGAUUUGUUCAGUAGAGAGGACGUGUUGGAGGUGGCGCAGUGUCUGGGGGGUCAUUCGAUCAGUGUGGUUUGCCAGAUGUUGGUGGAGGAGUGGGAUCACUGCAGUUCGGGGAUGCCGGAUUUGGUGAUUUGGAGGGUGGCGGAUGGCGUGGUGCGGUUUGUGGAGGUCAAGGGGCCGGGGGAUAGGUUGAGUGAGACGCAGAAGGUGUGGAUUGAUGUGUUGUUGAGGGCGGGGAUUGAGGUUCAGGUGGGGAUUGUUAGGGAGGGGUAA